AUGCAUUCAUAUAAAGUGGCGGAAGACCUAAAUCGAGCUCGGCUAGGAAUAGUGGCUCGAGGUGACUCGUCUACCAACUUCAACUUCGAUACCGGUGAUGUAGGAUAUCUGAUGGUAUCAACCUGCAUGGUAUUCAUCAUGAUUCCAGGACUGGGAUUCUUAUAUUCCGGUUUAGCGCGAAGGAAAUCGGCUCUGUCGAUGAUCUGGUUCACUUUGUCAGCCGGAUGUGUAGGUAUUUUCCAGUGGUAUUUCUGGGGAUAUUCAUUAACAUUCUCGCCCACGGCCACUAAUGGAUAUAUCGGAAAUCUUUAUCAAUUUGGCAUGAGACAUGUAUUAGGUGGUGAUGCUACAUAUCCCGAGUUACUUUUUGCUGGAUACCAGGGUAUGUUCCAGGCAGUAACAGUAGCUAUUGUCAUGGGAGGAGCUGCUGAACGAGGUAGACUGUUCCCUGCAAUGGUAGUCACUUUCUUGUGGGCCACUCUUGUGUACUGUCCAUUGGCAUGCUGGGCCUGGGGUCCUAACGGAUGGGCUGGUGCACAAUGGGGAGUGCUUGAUUUUGCUGGUGGAGGCCCUGUUGAAAUCGGUUCUGGUGUAGCUGGUCUUGCAUACAGUAUCGCUCUCGGCAGACGUAAAGAGCAACUGCUGCUUAAUUUCAGACCUCACAACGUGUCUUUAGUGACUCUAGGUACGGUUCUUCUGUGGUUUGGAUGGCUGGGAUUCAACGGUGGUUCUGCUCUGGGUGCCAACCUGCGUGCUGUAUAUGCCGUUUGGAACUCAAACCUUUGUGCUGCUUUCGGAGCCAUGGCCUGGUGUCUGCUCGAUUUCAGACUGGAAAAGAAGUGGUCUACUGUGGCCAUCUGUUCAGGAAUUAUUUCCGGCCUGGUGGCUGCCACUCCUGCUGCUGGUAAUAUUCCCAUGUGGGCAUCGGUAAUUCUGGGAGCCACUGCUGGUAUUGUUUGUAACUUCUCGACCCAGAUCAAGUACCUGAUCCAUGCCGACGAUUCUAUGGAUACCUUUGCCGAGCACGCCAUGGCCGGUAUUAUUGGACUGCUUUUCAACGGACUUUUCGCCGAGACCUGGAUCAUUGGUCUUGACGGGGUGACUGUGCACCCUGGCGGAUGGAUGAGCCACAACUGGAAGCAGUUGUACAAGCAAUUUGCAUACCUGUGUGCCUGUAUGGGCUACUGUUUCGUGGUGACGCUAUUAAUCUGCUACGCCGUCAACUACAUUCCCGGCUGCCAUCUACGAGUCACCGAAGACGGCGAACGUGGAGGGAUUGACGAGGACCAGAUCGGUGAAUUUGCAUACGACUACGUCGAGAUCCGCCGAAACUACGACUCCAAGCAGUUCGACGAGCCCAUCAUCUACGAGCAACGGGUCGAGGAGCCUGAGCACCCCCCCGAGGAGAUCGAGGAGGCCGAAGAGCACAGCUCCACCACAAAAACCAACCCCCCACAGGAAAAGGCCUCUGCCUAG